AUGACCGACGAUGGCGUGCAGACCGGCGGGCCGUCGUUCGACGUGCCGACGGGGCGGCUCGACGGGAAGGUGUCCAACCUGCGGGACGCCGACGCGCUGCCGGACGUGCACGACGGCAUCGACGCGCUCCGCUCCAAGUUCCGCGCCAACGGCCUCGACGAGAAGGACCUCGUCCUCCUCACCGAAAUUACUAUAUAA